AUGGACGCGCCCCUGGAGGUGGAGGGGUACCUCAUAAUGAAGGUGGAGAAGGACCCUGGGUGGGCGUCGGAGCCCGCUCUGCAAGGACCCGGGAGCUCCGAGUCCGAGACCUUCCGCAGAUGCUUCAGGCAGUUCUGUUACGAGGACGUGAGCGGACCCCAUGAAGCGUUCAGCAAACUCUGGGAACUUUGCUGCCGGUGGCUGAAGCCAGAAAUGCGGUCCAAGGAGCAGAUCCUCGAGCUGCUGGUCAUUGAGCAGUUUCUCGCCAUUUUACCCGAGAAGAUGCAGGCGUGGGCACAGAAGCAGUGUCCCGAAAGUGGAGAGGAGGCGGUGGCGCUGGUGAUGCAUUUGGAGAGAGAGACUGGACGACGAAGACAGCAGGUGAGCAGUCCCGUGCCCUCAGAGAAGCAAGCGCCACUUGGAGCAGCGUGGGACGUGGCAGUCUUUCGGCCACAGACCCAACCUGGAGUGGUGUCCCGAGAAGAAGCCGGAAGCCUCCACUCAGGACACCCUGAGCAGUCGAACCAAAAGAGGGAGCGUCGAUCCUUCUCCAAGAAUGCCCAUCCUCUUCCCUGGGCUCCUGUCCCCGCUGAAGAGUGGACCACCGCAGACCAAGAAGUAAGAAGCGCACGGCUUCCCGUCGGGUCUCAGAGGCCCAUGAAGGAUGUCCACGUGGCGAGAGGGUUUUCCUACAGAAAGAGCAUGCGUCAGGUCCCUGCUCACAGAGGCCUCUUCCGGGAUGGCAGGGAAGAGAGUGCUGAGGACUUUGUUGCCGCAGGCAGUGCAGUGUCCGCGUCUAACGAGAUAGCCCGGCUGGAGCACAGAAGGGCGCCGUGGACCGUGGGCCCACACCCCGCUCACAGCAGGAGCGGUCUGCGCAGCAGCCACGUCAAGGAGGCGUCAGCACACGCCGUGCAGGGCCCCGCGAGGGGUGCGGGCAAGGCGUGGCAGGAGCAGCAGUGGGGCUUAGAGGACGAGAAAGUGGCCGGCGUGCACUGGAGCUACGAGGAAACCAAGACUUUCCUCGCAAUCCUCAGAGAGUCUCGCUUCUACGAAACGCUCCAGGCCUGUCCCCGAAACAGCCAGGUGUACGGUGCCGUGGCUGAGUGGCUGCGGGAGUGCGGCUUCCUGCGCACGCCGGAGCAGUGCCGCACCAAGUUCAAAAGCCUCCAGAAGAGCUACCGCAAGGCGCGGAGCGGCCACGUGCUCGAGCCCUGCGCCUUCUUCGAGGACAUGGAUGCCUUGUUGAACCCUGCAGCCCGCACGUCAUCCGCUGACAAGCCGAAGGAGACCGCAUCUCUCCCCAGACCCAAGAGAGUCAGUGCUGGUGCCGAAGAGCAGAUCAGUCUGCUGGAGGAGGAGGAAGCCGCCGAGGAGUCUGGCGGCGAGGAAAUGGGCAUCGAGUUCCUCCGGAAGGCCGGGCUGCGUGCUGCCCCUGUCCUGUUUCAGAACCUGAGUGGUGUGCACUGGGGCUACGAGGAGACCAAGACGUUUCUGGACAUCCUCCGUGAGACGCGGUUUUACGAAGCACUCCAGGCCUGUCAUCGCAAGAGCAAGCUGUACGGGGCCGUGGCCGAGCAGCUGCGGGAGUGCGGCUUCCUGCGCACGCCGGAGCAGUGCCGCACCAAGUUCAAAAGCCUCCAGAAGAGCUACCGCAAGGCGCGGAGCGGCCCCGUGCUCGAGCCCUGCGCCUUCUACCGGGAGAUGGACGCCCUGAUAAACAUGCGGGCACCCGGCCCCACCCCUGGGGGUGCCCCAUGCCCCUCAGGGCGAGAAAGAGAAGGGAUGCGGAUUGAACCCCAGGACCCCACAGGCUGGGAGCCGGAGCAGCCCUCACCAGCAGCAACGGCAGGAGACUCUGGCAGCGAGAGGCUGAGCAGGGAGGAGGCCAUGCCCGAGCCGGAGCGCCAGGGUCCUGCAGGCGAUUUUACAGUCGGAGUUAGCGUCAAGGAAGAUGCAACACGGAUAGAAGAUGACGCGGAGCAGGCCAGGGCGUUAACGGAAAAGGCCAGAAGGGCCGCUCCCCAGAACCCCGAUCCCGGGAGAGCGCACAGAGGGGACGGCACCUCGGGGAGACCUUGGGGAGCCUUGCAAGGGGUCAGACGGGGGAAGCCGGCCUGUCGGCCACGAGACCCAGGGAGAGCUGUGGCGCACCAGCGGCCUUGCACAGGGAGGGGGCCCCACAGGCCCCUCAGGUGCGGGGAUGGCAGUGCGCGGGGCGCCCGCCUCGGGUGCCGCGCCACACGCCAGAAGGAGAACGCCCACAAGUGCCGGGUGUGUGGGAAGUGCUUCGGAAGGAGCAGGAGCCUGGCCAGGCACCAGAGGACCCACACGGGGGACAAGCCUUUCAGGUGCCUGGACUGCGGCCAGAGCUUCAACGACUCGUCCAACUUUGGGGCCCACCAGAGGGCCCACGCGGGCGAGAAGCCGAACCGGUGCAUGGAGUGCGGGCAGCGGUCCACCGGUGGCGCCCACGGCAGGGCCCCGGGCGCCCAGAGCCCCUGCGGGGGUGCGGACUGCGAGCAGAGCUUCAGUAGCUGCGCACGCUUCCGGGAGCAUCGGAGGACGCAGGCAGGGGACAGGCCCCACGGCUGUGCCCGCUGCAGUGGGCGGCUGGGGAAGAGCUUGGCCCUGAGCAGGCAUCGGGAGGCCCCCGGGAGGGACCAGCUCCCACCACGCCCUUCGCCCCCGUGCCUCCCAGAGCAGCCCCGCAGGGGGAAGGUGGACGACCUGAGGAAACAGCUUUGA